CGGUGGCAUUAAUCCUGACAAUUGUAUGACCUGCAAGAGAUAUUUACAAUAAUAGUGCCGGAACCGUAUUAGAUAGUUUAUGAACACGAAGCUGUCAGGGCAUCACGCGUCGCCCGGCUUCCACGAGCGAAGAACGAGUUGCCGUGACAAAUAGUUGGAAAUAAAAGCGCCGAGCACCCCACGGACUGUCGACGCAAAUUUUAUUGUGCAUACCCCUAGCGCGUGAUAGAUCACUACAUUAUAUCGAGCAGUCAGCUUCGCAAUUCACAGAGCUUAACUUCAGUGUUCGGUUGUAGUGGUUGGGUUGACACAUCAAUCAGAUAUUCUAUCGCUUUAUGUGUGUAGUGACCGAUUUAGUGCGAUGGUUCACAGGUUUCAAGAGUUGGAGAACUACGAUGAUUAUGAUCCAGUUCCUUACCAAGGAGGCUAUGACCAGCAAGAGGCCUACGGAUCCAUAAGGAGAGCUGAUGAGGAAUGUGGCUACCGCCGGACCGAUUACGGUGAGGAUGACGAGGAGCAAGAGGUGGAAUAUGGCAACGAGAGCAACCCAUACGGGCGUGGACCGCCGGGGCCAUCGAUCUACGGCGGCCAUCCCAGACCUGGAGAAGUGUAUGGUGGUGGCCGUGAUCGAACUGGCCGACGCAACGAUGAGGCUCAGCCGGAUGAGGGUGUGGAAACUGGCUACGGACGCCGCCAUCCUUCAUACGGGAAGGAGUCUGGGUACCUCAAGCCAAGACCUGCCUACGGCGAAGAGGAAGAGUCUUACGAGGAAGAGGGGCAUGGAAACCGGAAUCCUAGACGUGAUUAUGAUGAUGAGGUGCCGGAGGAGCUGCGGUAUCAACAGUCGAGGCGCGUCCAUAGCGAUGAGCGCCAUGAGCAGUAUCACUCAAGCUAUUCGCGAACCUCGUAUGGUGGAGUUCCUCAGGAGGAAGGAUAUGGAAGUGGGUACGGUCGCACGAAAGACGACGAGGAGACAGAGGAAUCUGGUUACGGAGGUGGGUAUGGUCGUAAGAAGAAGAAUGAGAGCGAGGACGAGGGGUCUGACGGUUCUAGAGGCAGGCGUGAGAAGAAGGACAGCGAGGACGAGGGAUCUGAUGGUUACUCAGGUCGCCGCAAGAAGAAGAACGAUGACGAGGAGGAUGAAGAUGAAAACAGAGGCUAUGGCGGUUACGGCUCUCGUCGCAAUGACGACGAGGAGGAAGAAGAGGCACCUAAGAAAUCCUGGUGGUGAUCCAGACUCAUCGUUGCAUCUUGUUAGACGCAUGGAGCACUUGUGUUUAAGUAGAAUGAUUCCGAGGCAUUUCUGUGUGCCGUUUCGCCAUGGAGUGACAGUUCCAUGGCUUUGGAUCUAACUGUGUGAUAAGUAGAAACUCGAAUGAGGUUUUUUUAAUGGAGUGCAUUCUGGACAAGCUGCAUGUUCGGCCUGUCCGUCUGGCUUGGUGGACUUUACUCGUCUUGUUCACUGCCUCAAGUUGUGAAUGAAGGCUUCGCUUGCUCUCAUA